AUGGAUAUCAACCUGCUGUUGUUCGUGCAAUUCCUGUUGUUGUAUUCCUACUUUUCUUGUUCUAUGCCUUCUAAUCUCGAUUCCACUUCCUGCCGGUUAAAGGGACAGUUUCAUUUAAAUGGGAUGCACAAGGCCGGAGAUGUGGUUUUAGGUGGUCUAUUUGAGAUCAACUUCUUUUCUGUAUUUCCUGACCUGUCUUUUACCUCAGAGCCCCAACAGCCUACCUGCCACAGUUUUGAUGUUCUAGGAUUCAGGCAGGCCCAGACCAUGGCCUUUGCUAUUGAUGAGAUCAACAGAAACACCAACCUGAUCCCUAAUGUGACUUUGGGAUACAGUCUUUAUGAUAACUGCGUCAAACUAGGAAUUGGAUUCCGUGCAGCAUUGUUAUUAGUCAGUGGGCGAGAAGAGCAGUUCAUAUUAAACGAUACCUGCGUAGGAACCACUCCGGUCAUAGGAAUCGUGGGUGAUUCUUCCUCUACUCGUUCUAUUGCCAUCUCCACAGUCCUUGGUUUGUACAGAGUACCUAUGGUGAGUUAUUUUGCCACAUGUUCAUGCCUGAGUGACCGGGAAAAGUUUCCAUCCUUCUUUAGGACGAUCCCAAGUGACGCUUUCCAGGUGCGUGCUAUGAUUCAGAUUCUCAGGCACUUUGGAUGGACUUGGACAGGUCUGCUGGUCAGUGAUGAUGAUUAUGGACUUCAUGCUGCCCGUUCCUUUCAAUCUGACUUGGCUCUGUCUGGUGGAGGGUGUCUGGCCUACCUCGAGGUUUUGCCCUGGGGCAAUGACCCAGCAGAACUAAGGAGAAUUGUGGAUGUGAUGAGGACAUCUACAGCUCGUGUGGUCAUUGUGUUUGGACAUGAGAGUACCAUGAUGAACCUCAUGGAAGAGGUAGUGAGGCAAAAUGUGACAGGCCUGCAGUGGAUGGCCAGCGAAGCCUGGAUUGCAGCUACUGUGCUUCAGACCCCCCGACUCAUGCCGUACAUAGGUGGCACUCUGGGCAUUGCCAUCCGCCGAGGAGAAAUACCAGGUUUCAAGGACUUCCUGUUAAAAAUACGACCUGACGUACAACACAACAACAGCUAUGGAAAUAGCAUGGUAAAUCAGUUCUGGGAAUACACAUUUAAGUGCAGAUUUGCACCACCUCAUGAAGGUUGGGUGGAAGCUGGGGGAUCACUAUGCACUGGACAGGAAGAUCUAGAGAUUGCGGAGACGGAGUUCUUGGACAUUUCAAACCUUAGGCCAGAGUACAACGUGUACAAGGCUGUGUAUGCCCUGGCGUACGCUCUUGAUAACAUGCUGCAGUGUGAGGCAGGGAGAGGCCCUUUCAGGGAGCACAGCUGUGGAACUUUGCAAAGACUUGAGCCAUGGCAGCUUGUGCAUUAUUUGGAAAUGGUUAAUUUCACCACACCAUUUGGUGAUCAAGUAUCAUUUGAUGUGAAUGGUGAUGCAAUACCAAUUUAUGAUGUCAUGAACUGGCUGUCGCUCCCUGACGGAAGAACUAAAAUUCAGAAUGUGGGUCAGGUUAAAGAGUCAGCCAAAGGUGAAGAACUGACACUUGAUGAAGACCAAAUCUUCUGGAACUUUGAAUCCAAAGAGCCACCCAGGUCAGUGUGCAGUGAGAGCUGUCCUCCAGGAACCCGAAUGGCCAGAAAGAAGGGGGAAUCUGAGUGCUGUUUUGACUGCAUCCCUUGUUCUGAAGGAAAGAUCAGCAAUAAGACAGACUCCCUGGAGUGCAGCAGUUGUCCAGAGGAUUUCUGGUCCAGCCCUCAGCGUGACCACUGUGUUCCGAAGAAAACAGAGUUCCUUUCUUAUCAAGAGCCUCUGGGUAUCUGCUUGACAACCACCUCAUUGCUUGGCACAUUACUAUGUACUGUAAUCCUCGGGAUCUAUAUCUAUUAUCACAGUACCCCUAUAGUGCGUGCUAACAAUUCAGAACUUAGUUUCCAGCUCUUGCUGUCACUUAAAUCCUGUUUUCUGUGUUCACUGCUGUUUAUCGGCCGUCCCAGUCUGUGGACAUGCCAACUGAGACAUGCAGCAUUUGGGAUCAGCUUUGUGCUUUGUGUCUCAUGUAUUCUGGUAAAAACCAUAGUGGUUAUGGCUGUGUUCAAUGCCUCCAAGCCAGGAGGAGGAACCAGUCUGAAGUGGUUUGGUGCUGUGCAGCAAAGAGGAACAGUUCUGGUUCUGACUUCUAUUCAGGCAGCAAUCUGCACUGCUUGGAUUGUUUCUGCCUCACCAGCUCCCUAUAAAAACACUCAAUACCACAACGACAAGAUAGUUUAUGAGUGUGUUGUUGGGUCCACGGUUGGUUUUGCAGUGUUACUAGGCUAUAUUGGCUUACUGGCUAUCCUCAGCUUCCUGUUAGCAUUUCUGGCAAGGAAUCUUCCAGACAACUUCAAUGAGGCCAAACUCAUCACAUUCAGCAUGCUGAUCUUCUGUGCUGUGUGGGUGGCCUUUAUCCCUGCUUAUGUCAACUCUCCAGGAAAAUAUGCAGAUGCUGUGGAAGUAUUUGCCAUUCUGGCCUCCAGUUUUGGUCUCUUGUUGGCAUUGUUUGGACCCAAAUGUUACAUAAUCCUGCUGAGACCAGAGAGGAACACCAAGAAAGCAAUAAUGGGACGGGGGAUCCAGUCAUAA